GCAAAAUUAUUUCUUCCAGCGACAUCUGGAAACUUAGAUAAAGUUAAAGUGGGGUAGAAACACUAUUAGGUUAUAGUUCAACAAUGAGUAUCGUGUGAAUACGUAACAAACAAACUUUGUUUACAAAAAUGUCGAUGAUUCUUCGGAACGUUAUUACAAAGCUUCAGGUUUGCUCGCAACAAGCGGCAAAGCUUUGCACAGCUGUAGUUAACGAACAAACAACUAGUAAAGAAUUUGUUCCAAUUAUCUCUAAAGUAAAUUAUAACGAUGAGAAGUUUUUAUAUCAAAAGCCACGGGAAGUUUGGCUGGAAAACUUAGACACGCUUGAAAGAAAAAAGUUAGGUCUAAUGUUUCUACAUCCAGACGUCUAUGCAGCACCACCAAGAGUAGAUAUAAUUCAUCAAAAUGUUAGAUGGCAGAGGAUGUACCGUUAUGUGUGCUAUGCACAUGCAAAAACUCGAGCAGAAGCAAGAGGUGGUGGUCAUAAACCUUGGCAACAAAAAGGUACAGGUCGUGCACGACAUGGAAGUAGACGUUCACCACUAUGGAGAGGUGGCGGUAUUGCACAUGGUCCAAGAUCUCCGACACCUCAUUUUUAUAUGCUUCCCUUUUACAUACGCGUUCGUGGUCUUGCCAGCACAUUGUCUACAAAACUUGCUCAAGAUGAUCUAUACAUAGUUAAGGAUUUAGAGUUACCAACAGAAGAACCUUCUUACAUAAAAGAACUGAUAGAAGAAAGAUGUUGGGGUCCUUCUGUACUUUUUGUUGAUACUGAAGAUAUCAUGCCCAAAAAUAUAACAAUGGCAACGGAUACUAUAAAACAUGUAAAUCUAAUGCCUGUGUACGGCCUGAAUGUAUAUAGUAUGUUAAAGCAUAAUACCUUGAUCUUGACUGAAAGAGCUGCACGUUUAAUCGAAGAAAAACUCCUGUAUCACCUGCAUAGAGCAGAUAUUAAAAAUGUUAUGAAAGCAUUUAAAGUCAACCAAAAUUAAAGUCAAAUGAAAGGAAAUAUUGAAACUGUAUUUAUUACUGAUAAAAUUGUAGUUGUCUUUA